GGAUGGAAGGAUCUUGCACACGUUUACGACGUCCGCACGUGUCCCGCGAAUCUCCUUUAGUACCAAGUACUCAAAUACGCUCCUAUGCGCAUUCCCUUUAACCUUCGCCUCUCUUCUUCUCCAAACCACCAAAACGAUGCCCCUAAAAUGGCUUCUGCACUGGCAGCCGAACGCGGGAACGACAGUCAACAGCCAGAUCCUCACGGAGGUGUCCCAGUGCGCUGAAAGCAUCAACGGGACCAAGGAUGGACGGUGGAGAUCAACCAUCACUUUCUACAAGCCCAUGCUAAGAGAUCCAAAUGCCCCGGCAGAGUACCCCCGUGAUUUUAUUGGGAUUUCACUUCAAGAACAAUCCAACAAGUACUACUUCAUCAUCCGUGGACAGCGCAUCGUGCUCGAGGCAGAUUCUUCCAUUCAGACGAUCAUGGAGAAGUUGCAAUCUUACAAAUCCCGGGUUUCACUCAAUUUUGAGGGAUUUCAAUACCAACUUGGUGACUUUCAGCUGAGGGUGGGAAAGGUCGUUCCAUCUCACUCAGAGAACAUUAGGGGAAUUGUUAUGGAGGUGGAGUACCUUCCAAUUUCUUCCUUAGAGAAAUCAAGGCAAGUCAUGGAAGAUUUUGUUGACAUAUGGCAAGAAACCGUGUCGAAAAAGUCAUUGCCUGGUCAUUUCAUGCACAUCGAGCCCAACUUUGCAGAGUAUGGCCUCCUAGACCAUUAUAGCCCGCAACACACCGCAGUUCAGUAUGCUACCGUCACGGCUCAACUGAUUGCAACCGUUCGAAAUUAGGAUGGUUUACAGCACUGCUACAAAUUACUCAGAUGACCCAAACCAGAUCAAUUACAGAUGAACGGCUAUAACGCACUCCCAUUAUGUUCGCGAGUUUGAAAAGACUCAUCUCAGUGUCCGUUUGGACGAGAUUGAAAAUCCAUUUCAAUUCCAUUUUUCC